GUUCCGAUCUGCUGCGAUCCCAGGACAGACCCGAGUUGCCGCCGCCGCCGCCGUCGCGAGCCGGCGGACACUGACUGUUCCAACGGAUCCGCGUUCGAAUCUCCUCUUUGAAUCGUCCCGAACGUUCCAAUCCCCGGAUGAGCUCCUUCAACCUCGACCGGUUCCGUUAUGAGAAGAAAGGCGGAGGCGGCUCCGUGCGGGAGAACGGCGACCGGGACCGACAGUGCGGCAUCCGCCUCGGAGCCGGCACCCCGCCAGAUACUGGCUUCCGGGAGGAGGCAACACCGGCAGUGACCAUUGUACCAGAGACACCAGAAGGAAAGCAGUCGAACCUGUUAUCAUAUUUUAGGACAAAAGAAAAGGGAGUCCUUUUUCUUGACUCUGAAUCUGAAAAUGAAGAACCAUGCAAGAUCAGUUUAUCAUGUCCAGCAAUAAAUGGAAGGCCAAAGGGAUGCAUUCAAAAACUAAAUGAUCCUGUUGACUUUUCAUCUGAGGAUGGGCAACUUUCCCCAAAAGAUGUACCUUCUCUGGACUGCAGUGGCUUAUCUCAUUUUAAUACUGACUUGGGGGACUCUACUGCCAUCAAAGUACAAAAACUGACAGAAAUAUUUCCAAAUAGAACAGACGCUGAACUAAUGCAGGUAAUUGAAUCAACAAGUACAUUGGAUGGAGCUGUAGCUUCGGGAUUAAUCUUGUUUGGAGAAGAAGCCACCCCUCGGAAGAGGAAAUUGGAAAUUUCCCAAAACAGCAGCUCUGAAGAAAGUGAUGAUCUCCCUAUUUCCUCCACCAAGAAGAAACCUAAUCGUCUUGAGUCACAAGAUUCACUAGAAGAUUUUGAGAAAAAAGAGUCUAUCCUGAGAAAGCUUCACAAUAAGUUUCCAGAUUUAGACAAAGAGGAACUAAGGGAAGUCCUAGAAGAACAUGACUGGUGCUAUUGGGAGGCUUUGGAAGCCUUGCAGGCGUUUGCCAAUCAAGAAGAUGAAGUGCCUUGUAUACCAGAGCCUAAAAGCAUAAAUGGAAAAGAUGCAACCUCACAUUUUAAAGUACAACCAAAAGAGAUACCUGCAGGCCAGUUGAAACAAACUAAAGUAACAGAGGAUCAGAAUGGUAAAAGAAGAAAACAUGACAAAAGGCAAAAAGAUGGUAGAAUCGCUCAAAGGGAAAGUAGCGAUUCUGAAGAUAUGGAAUCCAUUCUUUCUGGUGGUGAGAGCUCACUUGAUGAGGACUACAGUAGUGCAGAUGAAGAGGUGGAAGAUGAAUACAGGACUAAAAUUGUCAGCUUCUUGCAGGAUGCUACAGUGGAUGAACUGACUCUCAUACCUCAGUGUUCUUUGAGAAAGGCUCAGAAGAUUACAGAACUCCGGCCCUUUAACAAUUGGGAGGCACUGUUUAAAAAAUUUAAUCGCUCACAUGGUUUGUCUGAAGAUUUGAUAUGGAACUGCAAAAUAGUAAUCCAGGAACGGGAAGUGGUACUUAAGCUUAUGAACAGAUGUGCAGAAAUUUCCCAAAGGUUAGAGAUGCAAGUGACAGAAAUAACAGAAGAUGGUGGAAGUCACAGGACCAUUGAACAGCCAGCCAUUCUGAGCAAAAGUUUGGAGCUUAAACCAUAUCAACUAGUUGGAUUAAAUUGGUUGGUCCUGCUGAAUAAACAUCGAGUGAAUGGUAUAUUAGCAGAUGAAAUGGGCUUGGGGAAAACUGUACAAGCUAUAUCAUUCCUUGCCUAUCUUUACCAGGAAGGAGAUAAAGGACCACAUCUCAUCAUUGUACCUGCCUCAACCUUAGAUAACUGGAUCCGAGAACUUAAGCAGUGGUGCCCUGAUCUCAAAGUCCUUCUGUAUUAUGGAUCUUUAGAAGACCGGAAGGUCCUCCGAUCUGAUAUUCUUCAUAAGUUUGUGGACUUCAGUGUAAUAGUAACUACGUAUAGCUGCUCAAUAAGUAAUGCAGAUGACCGUAGCCUCUUUCGACGUUUGAAACUUCAUUAUGCAGUUUUUGAUGAAGGUCACAUGCUGAAAAACAUGAGUUCUAUUCGUUAUCAGCAUCUCAUGACGUUUAAUGCUGAACAUCGCUUGCUACUGACUGGGACUCCACUGCAGAAUAAUCUCCUAGAAUUGAUGUCUCUGUUGAAUUUUGUCAUGCCAAACAUGUUCAGCAGUAGUACCAGUGAGAUUCGCAGGAUGUUUUCCUCUAAAACCAAAAUUUUGGAGCAGCAAAGUACUUUUGAGAAAGGGAGGAUUGCUCAUGCCAAAAAGAUCAUGAAGCCAUUUAUCUUGAGGAGGGUAAAGAGUGAGGUCUUGCAGCAGCUACCACCCAAACAAGAUCGCAUAGAGAUAUGUUCAAUGUCUGAUAAACAGGAACAGGCAUAUACUGCCCUCUACAAGAAGUUGAAGAAAUCUAUCAACAGUAAUGAAAAGAAUGAAUUAUGUAAUGUGAUGAUGCAACUUCGAAAGAUGGCUAACCACCCACUGCUUCAUAGACAAUAUUACACUGUUGAAAAGCUGAGGAAAAUGGCCAAGCUAAUGAAAAAGGAGCCCACUCACAGAGAUGCUAAUCCUGAUCUCAUCCUUGAAGACAUGGAGGCGAUGACAGAUUUUGAAUUGCACCAUCUGUGUCAAGAGUACAGUAGCAUAAGAAGUUUUCAGUUAGAAAUGGAAUUGCUCUUGGAUUCAGGGAAGUUCCAAAUUCUGGAGAAUAUACUUGCAGAACUUAAGGAGGAGGGUUCCAGAGUUGUUCUCUUUAGCCAGUUUACUAUGAUGUUGGACAUUCUAGAAGUAUUCUUGAGACAUCAUAAGCACAGGUAUCUUCGGUUGGAUGGCAAAACUCCAAUCUCUGACAGAAUCCACUUGAUAGAUCAGUUUAAUACAGAUAUGGAUAUUUUUGUUUUCCUGUUAUCAACCAAAGCCGGAGGACUGGGUAUAAACCUCACCUCAGCCAACAUUGUCAUCCUUCAUGAUAUUGACUGUAAUCCCUAUAAUGAUAAACAAGCAGAAGAUCGAUGUCACAGAGUAGGACAGAAAAAGAUAGUGCAUGUUGUAAAACUGAUCAGCAAAGGGACAAUUGAAGAGUCCAUGCUUAAAAUUGGUGAACAUAAACUGAAACUAGAACAGGAUAUGACUUCAACAGAAACAGGAGGCGAGGGAAACAUUCCACUUAAUAUAGCAACACUGUUGAAGACUUCGUUAGGGUUGUAACAAUCGCCUGCCCUUUCCUACAUCCCCAUAAGCAUUGUUUGGAUAAGCCAACUGAAUUCUGUGCGGAUCACAGCUCGGAAAAGGAACCGCUGAUGCUGUAAUUGAAAGCAGUGAAACAGUCAAUUAACAAAAGACUCCAAUCAUUUUUUUUUUCUGAUGUGAUGUAGUAGGCUUUUUAAUGAGAAAUUGAGAGCUGGGACCAUUUCUGUGUGAGAAUACAGGUCCAGAAUCUGACCAUAUCCAAACACACCAGAAACAAAUUUUGAUGUUUAUUAAUAUAAUAUUGCUGUAGUUUCCCAUUUAGGCCACAAGUAGGCCUUACUGAAGCAGUCUAAACGGUAAAGAUCCUCUCUAGUGGUAAAACAUUGGUACUACAGCAUUACAAUUUGAUGUUUUCUGUCCUUUUCCAGAUUCUAUAACUUCACAAUUUUCUCAGACCAGACAUUUUGUUUAUUCUGAUGUAUUCGUUUCUAUUUGGCCUAUGUUUCUCAAUGAAUUGUUUCCAAUAAGGAAUGUAGUGCUAAUCAGAACUGUAAACUUACUAAGAAAAUGCUCUAAACUUACCAGCUGUGAAUUCCACUAACAAAUCCUUCAAAAAUGAAGAGAAACCUCUCAAUUUGUGGUAAUUUUAAUAUUUCUGUAAACUUCCUAUCUCCAGAUACAGUAAGACAUGUGUGUUGACCCAAAAAUUGGAUUCUUACUUUGGUUUCUCAGUUUUAUGUUGCUUUGUGUAUUCAUAGUGAGAAUUACUGUACCAUCUGUGAAGCCAUAUUUGCUUUGUUUACCUGAUCUGAUGUACUGUUACUAACUGAAAAGGAGAAAUUAAGUGCAAAUAAAGAUUCUGCAGUUUUGAAA